UCAGCUCAGCUUCCCAUUGCUUGCAUAUAUCAAGCAGAGGCGCGGAGGGUGGAAGCUAUUCAGCAUCAAGCUCAAAUGAAGACGCAUUCUCAUAUCCGGCCGGCUAUACUAGAUAAUCUCAUUCGAAAGAAUCAUCUGUCACAAACCCGAGGUUGGCUCAAUGCGCCCACUGGCUUGACUUCGCGUUUGUUAUCCACCUCAGAAUGGAUCCAGUAUUCACCUCGUGUUCGGUCCCCCGGCCGGCAUCUUCCCCCCGGCAUGAAAUGCGACCCUCGAGAACCCCCGCAACCGAAUGCGUCGGGUUUCAAUCCUGUCAUGGCAAAAGUCAAUGUUUGCCCCCCACACCAGGAACACGUCCGAGGGCCCGAGUCAAAGCACGAGCUCAAUGCCCAAACAGGUAAUCACACCAAGGCUAAUCCUCGAUCUUUCCAGUGGCGGCCAGUCCCGUUUGGCUUGAUAUCGUGCGUCUAGGCCCGAAGAACCGGGUUUGAUAUCAUCGUCGAUAGAGAAAUUUACCUUACUCAUAUGGCGACAUGAUGUCUUCUAGUAGUGUAACUAUAAUGUUCAUGUAGGGUGACUAGCAAAACCACAUCGAAGUUGCCUCUGG